UUCACACCGAGCAAAAUGGCUGCCUCUUCUUCAUCCUCUUCAGCUGGUGGCGUUAGUGGGAGCUCAGUAACUGGAUCUGGGUUCAGUGUCUCAGACCUUGCAACGCCACGGAAGGCUCUCUUUACCUACCCCAAAGGAGCUGGGGAAAUGUUAGAAGAUGGCUCAGAGAGAUUCCUCUGCGAAUCAGUUUUCAGCUACCAGGUUGCAUCCACAUUAAAGCAAGUGAAACACGAUCAACAAGUUGCUCGGAUGGAAAAACUUGCUGGUUUGGUUGAAGAACUAGAAGCAGACGAAUGGAGGUACAAGCCCAUAGAACAGCUUCUAGGGUUCACUCCUUCAUCGGGUUAAAAGCCUGCAGUUUGUUGAUGCAAAAAGAUACAGCACUUGUGUAACUCCAUU